AUGCUCAACGCCACUUCACCAGUCACGCCAAUGCCGGUGGGGAGGAAACGAUCGCAUAUUCUCGCUGCUGAGAUGGACUCAACCCCAGUCCCAGUCCAGAACCGUGUCACAACAUCCCAGAAUCCUCGCCGACAGUCCUCGCCGGAUGGGCCUGCGCCUGCGCCGUCAGCAUCGGCACAUACCAGUUCUUCUGCGUUCCGUAACGUUUCCGCCUGUCAUCGAUGUCGAAUCCGCAAGAACCGCUGCGAUCAGCGUCUUCCUCGUUGUCAGUCGUGUGAGAAGGCUGGGGUGCCCUGUGUGGGAUAUGAUCCGAUUACGAAGCGUGAGAUCCCACGAAGCUAUGUGUACUUUCUCGAGGCGCGUGUGGAGUAUCUGGAGAGGGUGUUGAGGGAGAGGGGUGUGGAGUACAUGGAUGCGGUGGCUUUUGGGGAGGAGAUGGCUGUUCAUGCGGAGGAUGAAGGCGAAGCGCAUGGUGGGGAUAUUCUGCGUGGGGGAGAUGUCUCGCCGGAGGACAAGGGCAGAUUGAUGUUGAAACAUCAAGAAAAUCGGGAAGAUGGGAGGGCAGAUGCUGACAGAAGUCGGGACGACGACAAAGAUGAUCAUUGGAAGAUACAUAACCUAGUAUCUAACAUCGGGAUGGUCUCAGUGCAAGGGACAUCUGAUCCACGAUAUCUCGGGUCUACAUCUGGUAUAUCCUUCGCUCGGGUGGUUUUUGCUGCGGUCAAAUCCUCCGUCUCGGGGAAUGCGUCAGAGCGUGGCCCUAUGCGCCCAAGUGAGCGUCUCCCCCAUAGUGCCACUGGCACAGGCACGAGUACCAUGCGAGACUCUUUCUUUGGAUUACAGACAAGGCCGAUGAUGAAGUGCGCGACAUUUCCGCAGCGUGAGCUGGCAGAGAAGUUGGUCGAUUUAUACUUUGAGCACGCAAAUCCGCAAAUGCCCAUCCUCCAUAGGGCUGAUUUUAUGGAACUUCUGGACCGCACGUACGCGGUCGAUGAGAAGAGUCGUUCUCCCCGAAGUUUAUAUACUCUUAAUAUUGUGUUUGCUAUCGGCGCGGGGAUAAUAUUCGAAGAUAAAAGUGUCCCGGAAGAUGACGAGCAAGGAAGUGGCAGACCACGGGCGUCAUCUACGCCAAAGAGACAAAAGCUGCCAGACCACCAAUGUCAACCAGAAGAAUAUCAUGCGUCGGCAGUUGUGCACCUGGAAUCUUUCCUGGAUAGUUCCGCGACAAACGACGGUUUCGGUGGGUUGGAAGAACUGCAGGCCGUGCUUCUCCUGGCUAGCUUUGCCCUACUUCGUCCCGUCGCUCCGGGUCUUUGGUAUAUUGUCGGAGUGGCUAUGAGACUGGCUGUUGACCUGGGUCUACACUACGAAGAUGGCACCGGAGUUGACUACGUCGGACAAGAAGGCGUUGACCGUCCGCCAGUCAAGGGUGAGGACGGAGCCAAGUUGCGUAUCAAUACCCGCGAGCGUGGACGUCGCGAAUGGGUGCGCGAUCUACGACGUCGACUCUGGUGGUGCGUGUAUAGCUUUGACAGACUUGUUGGCUGUUGUGUUGGCCGUCCGUUUGGAAUCAGCGACCAGGCUAUCAGCACCGAGUUCCCGUCCUUGUUGGAGGACAAGUACAUUACCAAGUCAGGGAUUGUGACGCCUCCUGAAGGAGCACCGAGUUAUAAACAUGCAGCACAGCAUUACUUUAAGCUGCGCGUUCUGCAAUCAGAAAUUCAAGACGUCCUCCAGUACCAACAAGCGCGCUUCGCCCGACAACGACUUCCGCAUUCUGCCAACGUUUUCACCCGUUCUGACCUACCAUCCCCGUUCCUCCAGGGCUUCGACUCCCUCCGCUCAUGGCGAAUAGACAUGAAUCACCGACUCGUCGAGUGGAAGGAGACUGCUCCUAAACACCAGGAGAUGGGGGUAAGAUUCCCCGUUGAGUUCCUGGAGUUGAACUACUGGCAAGCCGUGAUUAUGCUGUAUCAGCAGUGCUUGACAGCUCCUGCUGAGUUAGCUGGAGAGCUUAUACCGGCAGAGGAUGUCUCGAGUCCGUCGUUUUCGAAUAUCGAUGAUGCGGAGAAUGAAGAUGAGAUUUAUUACAAGGUUGCUGAGGCUGGCCAGAAGGUUAUUAGGAUUUAUCGAUCGAUGCAUCGGCUGAGACUUGUGAAUUAUACGUAUUUGGCUACGCAUCAUAUUUUCAUGGCUGGGAUAUCGUUUUUGUAUGCGAUCUGGCACUCGCCGUGGGUUCGAAGUCGCUUGACCCUCGAUGAGGUAGAUUUUACCGUCCUUGCAGCUACAUCGGUUUUAGGCGACCUGAUGCACAAGUGUCCACCUGCAGAAGCAUGUCGGGACGCAUUCGAACGAAUGAGCAAAGCCACGGUGCAAAUGUCUCUAUCGACUACCAGAUUUGGACCCCAGGUCGACCUAUCCCGGCAUUCUCGAGCCAACGCACCACAGCCCGUUGGUGGUUUGUAUCGUGGACCACGGUAUUCGCGACGAUAUCAUCCUAUGGGCCAGCGGCAGAGAGUACCGGGAUCACGAAGGCAGACGCAAACACAGGCGCAGGCGCGCCAACGACCAAUACCUCGAUUCGAUAUGAACAUGGAAGACUUGUUUGGUGGUGAUAUCAGCACCGUCGCUCAGGAGCGGUCUGAUCGUAACACAAGGAACUCGAUGCAGCCUCAUUCGACUCGAGCGCGAGGAUACUCUGAAUUGUCACCGGCAGGUGUGGUGCCAGAACAAACAUCGCGAGUACCAGCGCCUCACCAACGAGCGGCGUCUAUGGAAUAUACUGGUAACUACGAGGAUUAUCCUUUUUCACCUCAGCAGCCGCCGCCGCCGCAGCAGCAGUAUUACACCAACUCAUUACAACAGGGCACGUCCCCUGACCGCAUGACCACGAAUAACCCCAAUCAGAAGCCACUGCUCACCCCAGACCAGGAUGCAGGAAUGAGCAUGGAUCUCUUGGAUUUUGAUCCCGACAGUCAGUUGGCCCUGGGGCUUGACGGUAACCCAGAUUAUGAUGCGACCAUGCCGUCCCUGGGGCCCGGUGUCGGACAUAGUGUAGGGAUUGAUCUGGGCUUCGGAAUGGCAGUUGACUUUCAGCAUGAUUGGAGCGAGAAUGCGAAUUAUGAUAUGCUGGAGGGGUUCUUUUUUGGGGGGUCUGGAUCUGGCGGUGCUGGGGCAGGGCCUACCACAGGGACAGAUGGAUAG